UAGGGGCGCUCAGGCUCCUGCACCCGCGUGGGGCGUCGGGCGAGAUGGCGGCGCGCAGCCUGGGCAGCGGUGUGGGGCGACUGCUGCGUAGCCUGCACGGGCGCUCCGGACAAUCGGGGUGGUUGCUGAGCGUGUCCCUAUCGACCGCCACUCGGCUCCUAGGCAGCGUUCCCCAGGCAGCGCAGCCGGGCUCAUACCCUGCGUUGAGCGCUCAGGCGGCCCAGGAGCCAGCCGCCUUCUGGGGGCCGCUGGCCCGUGACACACUAGUUUGGGACACCCCCUACCACACUGUCUGGGACUGCGACUUUAGGACGGGCAAGAUCGGCUGGUUCCUGGGAGGCCAGUUGAAUGUAUCUGUCAACUGCCUGGAUCAGCAUGUGCAGAAGUCCCCUGAGACCGUAGCUUUGAUUUGGGAGAGAGAUGAGCCUGGGACUGAAGUGAGGAUCACUUACAGGGAGCUUCUGGAGACCACGUGCCGCCUGGCCAACACGCUGAAGAGGCAUGGAGUGCACCGAGGGGACCGUGUGGCCAUAUACAUGCCUGUGUCUCCACUGGCCGUGGCGGCCAUGCUGGCCUGUGCCAGGAUUGGAGCCAUCCACACAGUGGUAUUUGCUGGCUUUAGUGCGGAGUCCUUGGCUGGGAGGAUCAAUGAUGCCAAGUGCAAGGUUGUUAUCACCUUCAACCAAGGACUCCGGGGAGGGCGUGUAGUGGAACUGAAGAAAAUAGUGGAUGAAGCUGUGAAGAGCUGCCCAACAGUCCAGCACGUCCUGGUGGCUCACAGAACAGACGCCAAGGUUCACAUGGGGAAUCUGGACAUCCCGCUUGAGCAGGAAAUGGCCAAAGAGGCCCCUGUGUGUGCCCCUGAAAGCAUGAGCAGUGAAGACAUGCUCUUCAUGCUCUACACCUCUGGGAGCACCGGCUCACCCAAGGGACUCGUUCAUACGCAGGCGGGCUAUCUACUGUAUGCUGCCAUGACGCACAAGCUCGUGUUUGACUACCAGCCAGGCGAUGUCUUUGGCUGUGUGGCUGAUAUCGGUUGGAUCACAGGACACAGCUAUGUGGUGUAUGGACCCCUCUGCAAUGGAGCUACCACGGUCCUUUUUGAGAGCACCCCUGUUUACCCUGAUGCUGGUCGCUACUGGGAGACAGUGCAGAGGCUAAAGAUCAACCAGUUCUAUGGUGCCCCGACAGCUGUCCGGCUGCUACUGAAGUACGGGGAUGCCUGGGUGAAAAAGUAUGACCGUUCCUCCCUGCGUACAUUGGGGUCAGUGGGAGAGCCUAUCAACCAUGAAGCCUGGGAGUGGCUCCACAAGGUGGUGGGUGACGGCAGAUGUACGCUGGUGGACACUUGGUGGCAGACGGAAACUGGCGGCAUCUGCAUCGCACCACGGCCCUCAGAAGAUGGGGCAGAGAUCCUCCCGGGUAUGGCCAUGAGGCCCUUCUUUGGCAUCGUCCCAGCACUCAUGGAUGAGAAGGGCAAUGUUGUAGAGGGUCGCGACGUCUCUGGGGCCCUGUGCAUUUCCCAAGCUUGGCCAGGCAUGGCAAGGACCAUCUAUGGUGACCACCAGAGGUUCAUAGAUGCCUACUUCAGAGCAUACCCAGGCUAUUACUUCACCGGAGAUGGAGCUCACCGGACUGAGGGUGGCUAUUACCAGAUCACAGGGCGCAUGGAUGAUGUCAUCAACAUCAGUGGUCACCGCCUGGGGACUGCAGAGAUUGAGGAUGCAAUGGCUGACCACCCUGCUGUUCCAGAAACCGCUGUCAUCGGGUACCCUCAUGACAUCAAGGGAGAAGCUGCCUUUGCUUUCAUUGUGCUGAAAGAUGACACACGUGAUACAAACGCGGUGGUAAACGAACUGAAGUCGGCAGUGGCCACCAAGAUCGCCAAGUAUGCCGUGCCUGACCAGAUCCUGGUGGUGAAGCGUCUCCCCAAAACCAGAUCUGGGAAAGUGAUGAGGAGGCUGCUAAGGAAGAUCAUCACCAGCAAGGGGCAGGAUCUAGGGGACACCACUACCCUGGAGGACCCCAGUGUCAUCACGGAAAUCUUGAGUGCCUUCCAGAAGUAUCAAGACCAGCGGGCUGCCACCAAAUGAGGUGUGCCUGUGUCUAUGCUCAGACAAGGACCCCUGGCAGUCCUCAGGGAAAGGAGCCUUGAAGGUGGCUUGUUCCAUCUAAGCACAUGGCCCCUCUACUAUUCUAUGUGGGGCCAAAGCCCCUUUUUUCCUUCUGCGGCCCAGAGGGCCGCCUCUGGAGGGGGAGGCCUUUGUCCUACAUCUGGUUUCCAGAAUGAAGUCAUAAUCGGCAGUGAGCCAGCAUGGGGCAGCCAGAGGACUGUUCACCAUUUGGCUCCAAAGCUAUCAUGCUUUCUCCAGAUGUGUCUAGAUAUAAAACGCAGAUGUUUUAUUUUUUGUACUUUUCUAUUUGGGGAGAACAACAGAACACUGAACUGUAAUGUGAACAUUAACAUUUAGUCUCUUGCUCUCUCUCUCUCACACACACAGAGGAAUUGGGGAAAAUCUUUCUUCUUGUUUCCCCAGGGAAGCAUGAAGAUAACAGAGUGUACUUUUUAUUAGCAUUUGGCAUGCUUGAAGUCCAAAUCAGAGAUGUUUGUGCCUCUGUCUUACACAGAACUCUCCUGAUCCUGCUAAUCCGAGUUGCCAUGUCCAUUCGUUGUGUGUGUUUCAUAUUUGGUUCAUGUGGUUUAUGUUAUAGAACAAACUCGACAAUUCUUAGGUUUUGCAUGUUAGGGAUUGCACUCAGGGCCUUCUCCAGACGAGGCAAGCGCUCUACCUCUGAGCUACACACCAGCACCUCUAACUCCCAGGAGACAGGGUGAAUGUCCUCUCCUUUACUUGUGAAAUCGUUUGGGUUUGUUUCUCUAGGCUGUGAUCUGGAAAGAACUUCUUUCCCCAAAGUGCCUCUUAGUAGGAGGUUGCCAUUGCUUCAAAUAUGUGAUGUUGUUCGUGGGAGUCAGUGAAAACUCAGGUGUCUUAUUAAGGUUCUGGGCUUCUGAAGACUCUGCCUGCCCUUUCUUUUGUGGUUGGGGAAGCAAGAACCACGGUGGUCCAAUGAUGACACUUGGUGCUCCCAAGCAAGCUCACUCUCACUCUCAAUGUGCCUUAAGUCCUCUAGACAUUGGUGGGUGAUACAAAUUGUGAAGUCAUGAAAAGCUUAUUUUGUUGCUAGGUGUGGCUAAGCAUGGGAGGCCUGAGGGUGUGGCAGCUCUGUGAGCAGGGCCCCAGGGGAGGGGGAGGAGGGACUAUUCUGUCUAGUCCACAGAAUUGAGCUAUAUGGGUGUUUCAGGGGAAUCUUAGUUACUGCACACCUACUGUGAGUUUAACCUGUGCUGACUUCUUGGGUAGUAGGGUAAAUACGCUGUCACUUCCGGGAGUUAGAGUGGUUGUAGUAUGCACAAAUAUUGAAUAAUAGUCCUUUGUUACAAUCAGCAAUAAAGAGUCAUGUGAUGGGCUUGGUUGACUGUAGUUACUAUGCCCUUUAAAAUGGCUUAAGUUUCCAGGUUGCUGAUACAAGUUCUCAGAAUGAUCUGUAGAAAUAUGCAAAUAAAGUUUUAUUUUGUUCACUCUC